AUGCCCACUUUGAAUGGUCGAGUUUUGAUGGGUUUGUGAAUGUAGAGGGAAACGUACCCCUGCUUCGGGAGUAUAAUAGGCAGGCCAAAAAGUCUUGACAUGUCUAUUUUUUUAUGAAGAUUUCGCUGUACGGAGGCUUAUUUUUUGCCCAAAAAUGGUUCUUGGAACCUUGGAAAAAGACUGUCCAUUUAUGAGAACACUAUCACUCUGUUGGGAAAAUAAUGCGAAUUUAUCGGAGAAAAAUCUUUCAAUUUUUUGUUCGUCGCAGUCGCUCACUAAAUCGCCAGCCGCGGCUAACCGUCACAAAGCUAUGGUGAGCGGUUCCAAGCGAAUGCACAUUAUUUUUCCGACAAAUUGUUACCAAUAGUAUAAGAUAUCAAUAGCAAAAAACAUCUAGCUCAACAAAAUUAUUAUCCCUACUCUUUUCCCCUCCUAAAUCCUUCAUUUCCAGUUGGCCAUCCCUAUACGCGAAGUCCGGUGUCCGCCGACAAGUACUGGCUUCUCCUCCUGAUCAUCGUGUGCGCCGGCUUCAUUGUCGGGUGCGCCUGCUACUCGUUGCGCAUCACCAAGAAGCGGAUGCGCAAGUCGCUGCAGCAGGACAAGCGCUAUCGACGCGGCGCGUUCGAGGGCGAAGGAAGUUCGCAUCGGGCGGAAAUCUCGUGCGAUGUGAGCGAUGUGUCGUCGAAUGACUCGUCCGGCCCCACGUUCAACGUGUGA